AGGAAAUUGGUGUAAAGAACUCCUCCUCUGCCCAACUCUGCAUUCCUUCUCCGCACCCUUUUUUUCUUUUUAAGUGAAUGGUCCCCAAUGUUUCCACAGACGGAAGAAGAAAGGAAAGCAAAGGAACAGCAACUGCAAACACUAGUAGAUAGAGGUGUUUAUAUCCUGCUGCUCUGAAGUUAACGGAGUUGCUUGGCUAUAGGAUACAUACAUCUUGCUGCAUACAAAUAUGGUUUGUCUGCUGGUGUCCAUCACUUUGCUGCAUUUGGUCAGCUUGGCCAUGCUUUUCAUCGCCACUCUGGAGAAGUCCUGGUGGGUAUGGACAGAGUCAGAAAUCACUGACCUCUGGCAUAACUGCUUCUAUAUGAACACCACACAAACCUGGGUGUGUGCAGCCACAACUGAAAGCGACUGGCUUCAAUCGGUCCAGGCCCUCAUGAUCCUGUCUGUGGUCUUUUCAUCUGUUUCCUUGCUGGUGUUUCUGGGUCAGCUCUUCAUCUUAUCCAAGGGGAGUCUCUUUUACUUUACAGGCCUCUGCCAGGCAUUUGCAGCUUUCACUGACUUUGCUGCUUGCCUCAUCUUCACCCUCCACAAAAAAGAGAUUCUAAGCAAUUCCAGAGAUCUGAGCAAAGGGCGCCCUGGCUACUGUGUCAUCAUAGCAUGGCUGUGCGUCCCUCUUCUUCUCAUCAGCGCAGUCCUGUACGUUCAUCUGCGGAAGAAACAGUGAAUCAAGGAUAAAUAUAUGCAGACAGCGACCAGGUUUUUCUGACACUCUUUACCCUUAAUAAGAUAAAAUUAGGAGAAAUAUUUCCAAGAGUGAACUUUUUUAAUUUUUUUUAUUUUUGUAUGAUGGUAACGUAAGGUAAGGUAUCUAAAAAUAUAUUCAGUUCUAUUGAAUUGUAUUGUGUUUAUCAGAAGCGUGUUGUGAUUUGUUAUUUCUGGAAAAAAUGCUAUAUGAAAAAGGGAUACUUACAGCUUGAUUUCAUUGUAUUCUGAAAUAUAAAAAUCGGUGAAUAAACUCAUAA